AUGGCGGCGCCCUUGCGGCACUUCCGGCGCGUCCCGGCGAUGUGGCGAUGGCGGCUCCCGGGGCCGCUCCGGCCCGGGGGAGGAUGCCGGUGUUCCCCGGCAGGGAUCACCAUCCCGGAGAAGCCGAAGCUGAAGUUCAUGGACAAGGUGCCGGCGGUGCCCAAGGUCCGGCGGGAGCCGCGGCAGCUCCGUGACAUCCGUGGCCCGUCCCAGGUGGCCACUGACUUCACCGAGGGGCAGUACGGGAUCCUGGCUUUGGGCGGGGGGUACCUGCACUGGGGCCACUUCGAGAUGAUCCGCCUGACCAUCGGCCGCAGCAUGGAUCCCAAAAACAUGUUCGCCGUGUGGCGCGUGCCCGCCCCCUCCAAGGCGGUGACGCGGAAAAGCCUGGGGCACCGCAUGGGGGGCGGGAAGGGCCCCAUCGACCGCUACGUGACGGCGGUGAAGAGCGGGAGGCUGGUGGUGGAGGUGGGCGGGCGCUGCGAGUUCGGGGAGGUCCGCCCCUUCCUGGCCCGCGUGGCCCAGAAACUGCCCUUCCCGGCCGUGGCCGUCAGCCGGGAGAGCCUGCAGGAGAUGCGGCGGGAGGAGGAGGAGAAGAGGCUGAACAACCAAAAUCCCUGGACUUUCGAGCGUGUGGUGACCUCCAAUAUGUUGGGGAUGAGGAAGUACCUGAGCCCCUACGACUUGCAGCUCAAGGGACGCUACUGGGGCAAAUUUUUCCUGAAGCACAGAGUGUGAGAAGCAGCUGGGUUGGAUUCCUUUUGGAAUUAAACUUUUCCACGAGAGGCUGGAGUGGGUUUUGGG